AUGGCCACUUCUAAAUCACAAGAACAAAUAUUUGACCGUAAUUUACGUAGGUUAGAAAUUAAAGUAAAGGCCUACUUUACACGUAUGCAGGAUAUGUACGAUAGUAUUGCGAAGUUGGAUACUGCCGAUAAAAUAGACACAUUUUUGUCUAAGGCUAGUACGAUCGACAUUAUUCGAUCGGACUUUGUACGUACAUUAGACGAACGUAAUGAGUUGUUAGCUUCAGAAGUAAACGCUGGUGAGCCAAAUUAUGCAGCCAUGCUUGCUUUUGAAGACCUAUAUGCGUCUGUUAGAUUCAAAUACUCGCAGUUGUCAUCGCGUCCCAAUACACACAAUACCUGUGAAACCAAAAUGGCGUUUCACAAGUCAAGCCCAAAAUUACCGAGGCUUGAAUUAAUGUCUUUUAAUGGCGAAUUAGAAAAUUGGCCUAUAUUUUAUGAAACAUUCAAGUCAAGUAUUCACGAAAAUAUAGAACUAAAUGAUAGUGAGAAAAUUCAAUAUUUAAUGGAACCUAGUGAUAUCGACUUAUUAGUUGGGUCCGAUUUCUUCGCUCGUAUAAUACGACCAAAUAUUAUUGCCCGUGGUAUGAACGAACCCGUGGCUAUCGAAACCUUAUUUGGGUUUAUUAUUUACGGUCAGGCUCCGGUUUUAUACCCCGAGACUGAUAUUCACACUUAUUGCACAUUAGAUUACAAUAAUUCUUUUGAAAAAUCCGUUGGUCGUUUUUUCGAAUUGGAAGACGUACCUAAAGCGAAUAUACUUUCGUCGGAAGAACAAGAAUGUGAGAAUUUUUAUUCCGAGACCACCGCGCGUGAUCAUUGCGGUCGCUACAUUGUUGCAUUGCCGUUCAAGGAUGAUCCGAGUAAAUUAGGGAACUCGUUACAGGCAGCUACGCGUCGGUAUUUAUCUUUAGAGCGUAAAUUAUUAUCGAACGUAGAUAUUCAUUCAGAAUAUCAUAGAGUAUUUAGUGAAUAUUUAGAAAAGGGCUAUUUAGCACCCAUCACAAAUAAUAAUUCGUUUAAUUCUCAUUAUGUCAUACCACAUCACGUUGUCUUGCGACCUGAUAAAAGUACUACAAAAUUACGUGUGGUACUCGAUGCAAGUAUGAAGACAUCAUCAGGGUUGUCACUCAAUGAUAUGUUGCAUGUUGGACCAAAUCUUCAAAAUGAUUUGUUUAAAAUUAUAUUGAAUUUUAGACUGUUUCCAAUAGCGAUCAAUGCUGACAUUAAACAAAUGUUUUUAAGGAUUUUAGUGAAAAAUGUAGAUAGACCGUAUCAAAUGGUUUUAUACCGAGAAAACAAUAAUCAGCCGCUUCGCUUGUUUCAAGUAACGAGGGUACCAUUCGGUUUAUGUUGUAGCCCGUACCUCGCAAUACGAACGGUUCGUCAAUUGAUAACCGACGAAGGCUCGCUUUUUCCGGCCGCGGCUCCCGUUGCUGAGCGUGACAUAUUUAUGGAUGACCUUGCCACCUCUUGCGGAACCCCUCGCGAAGGCAUCGAGUUAUCUCAACAAUUAGUUGAGUUGUUCCAUGCUGGCGGGUUCGAUUUAGUUAAAUUUUCUAGUAAUUCGGUUGAAGUUAUGGAAAGCAUACCAUCCUCCGCUCGGGUCUCGUCUGAUGUCGAGUUCAGCCCUGACGAUUCGAUAAAAAUAUUAGGCCUACGGUGGCUACCGUCUGAAGAUGUUUUUGCGUUCACAGUAAACAUUCGUGAAUGUGAAUGCACGAAACGUAAUAUUUUAUCCACUAUUGCCCGAAUAUGGGACUUAAUGGGAUUGGUGGCCCCAGUCACUCUACUGGGAAAAUUAAUUAUUCAAUCAUUGUGGAGUGAACACAUUGAUUGGGAUGAAAAGCCACCACAAAAAAUAGUUUCUUUGUGGCGCCAAAUUGAGUCGGAAUUACAUGUUCUGGAAACCGUUAAAAUUCCGCGUUUUGUAGGAUACGACCCACAGUGCGUUGUUAGUGUCUUAGGCUUCGCGGACGCUUCCGAGAAAGCCUAUGGUGCAAAAGCAUAUUUAUUUUCCAAAUGA